AUGCAGCCCAUAACACGGCCCAAAAAGAAAGAAGAUCGGACGGCCAUAAGGACCAUGAUGCAAGUUUUAGUAAGGUUCCAGGAUCUAAUUGUAACUAACCCCACCGGAAGCCAACUUGACAGAGAAUCCAAUCCAAAGCCAAUCAAUCGAAACUCGGAGGAAUGGAAACGGCAAUGGCGAUGCCGGCAGCAGCAGCUAGCGGUACUGCGACUGCCACGGCGACCAAGCUGAACCUGUCUUCUCCACUCUCCCUCCAACACUAUUCCUUUACACAGAUUCGCCAUAGUCACCAACGCCAAUGGCCAUCCACCAGAAUAACCACGAGAACAAGACUACAGGUGCGCUCCUCUCUCCAGGAACUUCCGGUCCUAAUUUCGUCGCCGCCGACACCAGACCUUACUUCCGCCUACUUGCUGGCGGAAGGCGCUACCUACUCCUUGGCUAGCUACUAUACUACCCUCGGUCUAUUCGUCAUCUCUCUUCCUGGUCUCUGGUCGCUCAUCAAGCGCUCUGUUAAAUCCAAGGUUGUGCAGAAGACAUUUAUACGGCAAGAAGAAGGCCAGAAGAAAGCUCCACCCAACCAAGUCGCCGGAGAGAUAUUAUCCUUCUUCACUCGCAACAAUUUUGCAGUGGCCGAUAGAGGAGAGACAAUCACGUUCGAAGGCAUGAUGGUUCCCAGCAGAGGGCAAGCUGCAUUACUCACCUUCUGCACUAGCAUUAGCCUAGCCAGCGUCGCCUUAGUCCUCACCAUCACUUAUCCCGACAUCGGCAACAACUGGUUCUAUAUCACCAUCUUCAGUCCUCUGGCGGGAGCAUACUACUGGAGCAAAGCAUCUAGGAAGGAGCAGAUCAAGGUUAAGAUGAUAGUUGCAGAAGAUGGCACCUUGCAAGAGGUUGUUGUUCAAGGAGAUGAUCAGCAGGUUGAGCAGAUGAGGAAGGAACUGCAGCUGAAUGAGAAAGGCAUGAUAUAUGUAAAGGGCAUCUUUGAGAAAUGACCAUCCUUAGUAUUAUUCACCUGUAAUCAUCACAUUCAUUAAGCAAAGCAACUCUCACAAGUAUCUAUUUCCACAGAAUUCAAUCUCAGCGGUGAAUAUGAUUAUUGAUCAGCAAUUCGAGGUGCAUUUGAACAAGAUUAUACAGGUUUCAAAAGAAAAGAAAAUUUAUUCA